GAUUCAAAGGGGUUACAAAAGCUUUUCUUCUUCUUUCUCUAUCCGUCGAGGUAGAAGAAAUCAAACAUAUCAGCAGCAGCCGCGGGGGGAAGCAGAAGCAGCAGGCGGAGCAGCCAUGGGUAUCGAUCUAGUUGCCGGGGGUAAGUCGAAAAAGACUAAACGCACUGCCCCAAAAUCCGACGAUGUUUAUCUCAAGCUUCUUGUCAAGCUGUACCGGUUUCUUGUGCGGAGGACUGGGAGCCAGUUCAAUGCCGUGAUACUGAAGAGGCUGUUCAUGAGCAAGAUCAAUAAAGCUCCCUUGUCUCUAUCACGCUUGAUUACUUACAUGAAAGGAAAGGAGGACAAGGUUGCUGUAGUUGUAGGGACUGUUACUGAUGAUGUUCGGGCUUAUGAAGUCCCUUCGCUCAAGGUUACUGCACUGAGAUUCACAGAAACAGCUAGAGCUAGGAUUGAGAAGGCUGGAGGAGAAUGCUUGACCUUUGAUCAGCUUGCUCUUAGAGCCCCUCUCGGGCAGAACACGGUACUGCUUAGGGGUCCAAAGAACUCGCGGGAAGCUGUUAAACACUUUGGUAGAGCUCCUGGUGUCCCACACAGCCACACGAAGCCUUAUGUUCGGGCAAAGGGAAGGAAGUUUGAGCGAGCAAGAGGGAAAAGAAAGAGCAGAGGUUUCAAGGUUUGAGGAAUUGCGAGUGUUUGAGUGCACGAUGAGAGAAUUUCUUUUAGAAGGUUUUCCCUACCUACUUUUUACCAUAUUAGCUUCUUUUUCUUGUCGAAUUUCUUAUUUCACCCCUGUUUCUGUGACACUCCAACCUAUAGCCGAUUUUGAAUGCUUUUAUUAUCUAUUCUACGAAAUUAAGCUGCCUUUAAAGGGAUUUCUUCAACAAUCAACAUUUACAAGGCUAUGCAGGAAAAUGAUACAAUAUGAAGACCCCCUUUUUAUUAUUUAAGCUCUUUUAUGCUCUGAUAGCUGUGCUUGCUUAAAAUUAGGUGAAAAGAUUGAAAAUUAGGGUUUAUUUCUCAGCAGAGGCAAAAAAAAUCAUGGUGCUUUCUUUCCAUCUACUCGAGUCUUUGCGGACAAAUUUAUUAGGUUUUUGUAUUGGUUGGAGAUAUCAAAAUCUGAUUGGACUAGUUGAUUUUCAUGCGAGCACUAUUGUAUUGAAAAACGUUUGAUUUAUA